AAAGUUCUUAUUGCAGUUGUCAUUGCAAAACAUAUUGUUUACACUUAGCAUAAAACCGGAUAAUGUAAGCCAAGAACAUCGGUUAUCAAUGGACUGUUCAAGGAGUAAGGUGAGUGGUAAUGAAACCGAGCUCGAGUAUGAGGUGGAGCAUCGUGAUCUGAGGGUUGAAUCCGCAUACGAGACAGGAAAGCCGACUGCAAGGCAGUAUGAUCGAGAGGUGCACGUACUCAACCGGGAUAACAAAAACGAUCCUUUAGGGAAGGCAUUUGAUGGCAGCCGUCCGCCAAACUCAAAUGGGGAUUUGGUAAAGAAGGUAAAUCGGCAGCAACGACACCAUCAGCAGCCAGAGCAGCGUCCUCAAAAGCUAACAGAGCAUCGAAGGGAACAGCUACCGGAAUAUACGAAUGAACAUCUACCUCAACAGCGAAGCGAACCAAUGGAAUAUCGAAGGGAACAAUUACCACAAAAUCGAAGGGAACAGCUACCGGAAUAUACGAAUGAACAUCUACCUCAACAGCGAAGCGAACCAAUGGAAUAUCGAAGGGAACAUCGAAAAGAACAAAUUCCGGAGCGUGGUAGUGAACAGUUACCUCGACAUCGAAGAGAGCAGCUCCAUCAACAUCGAGUGAAACAGCUAUCAGAUUAUCCGAAGGAACAGCUAUCUCAACAGCAAAGAGAACAGCUUUCGGAACUUCGAAAGAAACAAAUACCGGAACAAGGAAGUGAACAGCUAUUUCAACAUCGAAGGGAACCGCUAGGGGAAUAUCCGAUGGAACGUCUACCUCAACAUCAAAAGGAACAGCUUUCACGAUAUCCUCGGGAGCAAACAUCGCAAUAUAGGAGAGAACGGCUGUCAGGGCAUCGAAAUGAGCAAUAUUCGGAGCAUCUAAAGGAUAACCUUCCCCAAAAUCGGAUUGAAUCGCUUCAAGAACAUCGAAAGGAACACUUUUCUGAACAUCUAAAGGUAGAACUACCGGAGAAAUUGCGGCUGGAGUUACAGGAGCAGCGUAGACAUACGGAAAAAGAUAGAGAUCAGUCGAGGCACCAAUCGAGGCCCAAAGUGGAUCCCAAUACGGAGCUUCAUCAUAGAAAUGAUGCACUCGGGGAACUGCUCCGCAAUUCAGUAGUCGUCCAUAGUGACUACGUGAAGGAUAACCUAAAUCGUUUAGCUGCUCCCACUCUACUAAGGCCAAUAUCCGGACACCGGCAAGCGUCUGGUCGCGGAGGUUGCAGUGGCUGUGACUCUAAGAAAUACGCACAACAUCCGGACCGUUAUGAACCCACUUGUUGCGAUGCACGCGAUACGUCCAACUCAAAUCAUAUGUGCAACGAAUGUUACGAUAAUCCGCGACCUCCUAAGCCACGUCGCAACAGAAGUCGAAACGCAAACUAUAAUAACCAAGAUAAUUUUAGAACGCAAUGCGAUUGCGACGAUGAACCACAGACUAGGUCACGUCCGGAGCCCCGUGCAUACGAUGUUUACUGUGAGGAAUGUGCACAAGCGCCUCAGCCAAGAUCACAGAGCGACUAUCGCGGUAGAUCCUACAGUUGUGAGCCUCAGCCAAAGCCCCAUCGAACUAAGCCUCGCAAAAGUCAAUCAGUAUGCCCUUGUGAUAGCAAAUCAAGCAAUAAAGGUUAUGCUCCCUCCAAUCGUAACUCACAUUACAUGGAGGUUUCGGAAUUUCGAAAUAUUGUCUGUCGCAAUCCCUUGGUGGUCAAGUCCAGAGGUUGCAUAAAUCCAUGCGAAGAGGAAAACCCCAAACCUAAGACGUACGUACCUUGUCCUAAUUAUAACGACGUGCCACAGCCGGUUAACAAUGAUUGUUGCACCUCGGGUCGAUCACGGCAGAAAGUAAGAACCAAAGCAGUAAUAGAGCGACCAACACGCCAAUAUGAUUGUGAUCCUUGCAAUAGUAAUCCUCCGACAGAUUAUAUGGAAUUCGAGAGAGAUCAGUGCAACCAAUACCCUGCAAGAGGAAAUUGCUCCAAUGAGAGACUAUGUUGUCCGCGCAAGCCCCCCCCACGAAGCGAAAAACUAAAGCCAAAAUGCGCGAGUGCUCCAGCUUCCAGGAAAUGUCCUCCUCCAUGCAUCAAGACACCACAGCAAAGAUCCGUCAAAGUCAAUCGCACUUGCUACGUGCCACCCAGCUGCUUUGCGCCACGCUUCGCGAAUACAUCACGUAAAUGUUCCGGCUCGGAUAUACAUUUCACGGAUAAAUGUGUUUCAACUUUAACACAAGGCAAUCGCCGCAAGAUUCGGAUUAAGAGUCCAGACACUCUGGGAGCCGUUCCGCAGAUGAGAAGAACAAAAUCUAAUUUGAAAGAACGAUUGUCUGGUUGUGGUCUAACUUAUCCCCGAAUUCAUGACGUAUUCUCGAGCAAAAUGUUCUUAGGAACCGGUUUUAAUAUGGUACCUAUGCCAACGCUUUCCAAACUCAAAAUGAACCGACGCGUGCCGAAGCUUAAGCCGUGUUCAAUAACUCCCUUCCGUUGUCGUGGUGGAAAGCUGUCGCACACAACCACACCGGUUCCAAAAACCCGUGCCAGUAGUAUCAAUACUAUGUCGACAGCUAGAACUACGCCACAAAGAGGCACAGGGGGUGGCAGACGUGAUCUGACUCCAUCGACUCGAGGUACACCAACACUGGCUCGACGAGAUCUGCCCAAACGCUAUCAAGUAACGCCAACUAUAAUAGCAAUUCGCCCCAUACCGGUGACCGAAGAGCGUGGACGUCCAGCUGCACGCCCUGCUUCAAUAUUACACCAUCCUACGCCAGAAGCACAGACCAAGCCAAACACCACGGCAGCUGCAAGUCAAGGCAAAGCAACCACGACUAAAGGAGCACCGGCCAGAGGUUCGGUGAGAGUUUCGACAGUACUUCAACCUGCGCCUCGCAUCAAAAAAUCAGUAGUCAUCCAAGAGAACAAUGAUCGCGAAAGAUCGUCAUUUGCCAACGAAAAUCGAGAAGCACUAAGACCUUCCCAACAGCAAUCAGUAAAGAAUUCUGUGAACCGCGUAGAAACCGAAUCCGGUAGGACGACAACUCCUAGUCAACGACAACGCGAUGGCACUUAUGCUAUGACUAAACAUGCUGCUCAAAAUCAAUUCCACGAUCAGGGAUCUGUCAGAUUUAAUGAGGCAGCUAGAACUACAGUGCAAGAGACAGAUAAACCUGUAGCUCAAGAGGCAGAGAGGCUAACAUCUCAAAAGGCCACCAAGCCUUCAACUCAGCAGCUAAGUAGAUCUUUAAUUGAACAUGCAUCCAAAUCCCCAGUUCCAACCACAUCUCGUGGUCAAGCAGACCCCCGUUCAAUUACGCCUCAACGAGUCCACGAAGUGAGGUCUCCAACGACAGCUCAGACCCACGAUCGCGAAGGAUCCUUAAAUAUCACUCCCGAAGCUGACGAGAAGCCGCAGCAUUCACGACCAAUUAAGGAUGAGGAUGCAAUGCAGGAUCCAAAUUAUCGUUACUAUCGAGGCAGUUUUCUGACCAUACGCCCAAACAUACCAAAUGAGGAACCCAUUCGACAAAGUCGAAAACGCGGUUCUCUGAUCAUGAUUACACAGAAUGGAAUGCAGAAAUCAUUAGCCAAGGGUUCCAGCUACAUAGCCCCUCAAUGGCAGUGUUUGGGUAAGAAGGGUGGAUCCCAUGCGACAAAUAGUUUUGUGGAUGCGACCAAGGAGGGGCCACAACGGAAUCAGUUUAGUUGGCGUAAAUUCGUGCCUCAUUGGCUGGUCAAUGACAAACAUCGGAAAACCGAUGUUUAG